AUAACUCAGUUGAUUGGUGAUGAAAUAGUGUAUCUGUUUUUGUCCGUGACCUUUUUUUUAUCUCUUCUGUUUCUUCUGUUGUUGGCCUUAACUACCUAAGAUGUGACCAAAUAUAAGUGGUAUUUACUAAAUAGAUAACUAAAAACAUGGAUAUAUUCCAUCAAUAUUUCCAAAAAAUUCAUACUGCUAGAUUACUUCGUGUAUCAAAACAUCCGUUGUUUCGAAUAUGUUGUGUAAUACCAAAGCUUGUUUAAUUGCGCAGUUUGAAGCAGAUCAUCUACACCUAUUCGAUCGAUACUAUUGAAUAUCGUGCUCAAGGGAUAAGUAUUUUGCUAACGGCGACUAAUUUAUUAACUACAAAGUUCACAUGUAUAAAAAAAGUAAACCAUGGGCACUGGUAAAGCAUCUAUAUUAAAAUGUAGUUUAUUAAAAAAUAAUUUAGUUCAGAAAUACAGAUAAAAGCGAGUAUUGCGCAUUAUUCAUGGCAGUUAUUUUCGCUACAAUAGUUGGAGCUUUACUACCCGUUCAUUCUCUUAUACUGAGGGGUGUAGUCAACGACUUCACCGAGGAAAUUUUUCUCAAAGAAAGCAUCUAUGUAUAUUCCAAAUGGUUUGCUCUUGUGGGUGUUACAGUGUUAUUAUUAGCAUUCGGUCAAGAUUUCUUGAUCAAUUUGUUCACAAUCAGGCAAAUUAACCGAAUUCGUUCGCUGUAUUUCAGAGUAAUGUACAUUUUACAGUCUUUUCAAAUUAUAAAUAUUUCGGAAUAAUUUUCUCACUGAACUUUAUUGUUCAUGUCAGCUGAUAUCAACUAAAUAUUUAGUAUCUAGGUUGACGUUUACUUUGAAAUCAACGAAUGGUUAUUUUUUCAAGCGAAUUCAUAAGGGUUUUUAUCUCAGAGAUUUCUAUGUGCUAGUAUAUAAUUGAAAACUCUACCGUUAGUCAAGUUGUAACUUUGUUUAAAAUCCAUCUACUAGCUUCAACCGUUGUCAAGUUCACUCAAUACAUUUGAGAAUGGAAUAAACUGCUGAGAGCAAAUAUCGAGGUAUAUUAUUGGUUUGUGUAACCACAUGUCUGUCUUAAUUCACCUACAUAGUUUACUUGGAAAGAAAGAAAGUUCUACUUACAAUGAAUGAAAGUGAAUGCUUAAUAAAUGAACAUGGUCUAUUAUCGUAAAAAUAUUUCACAACACGUUUGUUUUUGUAACAGAUAUUUAAUCUAUCUUGUUAUUUACAUCAGUGCUAGCAGUAAGUCGACUAUGUUUUUUAUUAUUUACGUUUUCUGGAGCAUUAUGUUACAGGAAUCAUUGUUUAUAUAAAACAUGUUAGUAUUAGAUGACGUAUUAAUGAGCAAGAAUGAUAGUCUGGAUGAAAACCAACUAAAAUAGUGUCUCGCAUUCCAAAUGCAACUCAAAAUGAAUUCAUUUUACAUGCUAAUGUCUAUGAGAUCUAAGAGAGUAUGUUUAUUUAACUGCUUCUUGAAAGUUGGUUUUAUUUUUUAAACUACACUGACUGAGCAACUGUAAUAACAACAAAUGUUUUCUAGCGCAUUCGAAUACAGAGUUGGUAUUGUACAAGGAAUAACUAAAUAAUACUACAUAUAGUUCUGAAGUUCAUAAUCGUUUAGACAAAAUUUAGUGUUCAGUUAUUUGACUGUCAAGAGGACAGAGUGCUGAAACUUUUAUUGUAGCCAAGUUAAGGUCAUAGAAAAUCUUGCGACGUGGUGAUCUAGUGUUUUUGUUAACGAAUCUCUCCCAAUUCUUAUUCGGUAGUUACGGUUGAAUAAUAAGAAGCUUACUGUUAAUUGAAAUGUAUUUUGAACACAUUUUAUCUUAUUGCUUAGUCUUAUAUCAGGUGUUUGGUUUGAAAAUAUCAGUAAGAAAACUAGGCUUAUUCAAACCAGUUAAUAUAACCGAUUCACGAUGACAUUGUAGAGGCGUGCAGAAAAACUAGUGAUUUAGCAAAUAAUAGCAAACUUUUCUGAACAAGCUUUAAUGUCGGAACGCAAACUAGGUGAGUUCUGCUUUGUUUGGAAAUAAAAAUUUGUGCUUUAAAUAACUGAGGCAUACAAUUUUCUGGUUAUUUCUCAUAAAAGUAAAUUUUCGGUUAUUUAAUAUGCCAAUCUGUUUAGAUUUAAUGAAAAACAUUGCCAACUGUUAUUUUUCAGAGCAUUUUACGCCAGGACGUUGCGUGGUUUGAUGAACAGUCAUCUGGAUCACUCAUCAGCAAACUAUCUCAUAACAUUGACAACAUUCAACUAGGGAUGGGUUCAACAUUGACCGAUUUCAUUAAAAACUUGUCUGGAUUCAUAGUAGGUAUUAUAAUUAACUUCGCAGUUGGGUGGAAACUUGCCUUGGUUGCUUGCGCUAUACUGCCCAUCAUCGGUGCAGUUUUUGGGUGCUUUGGGUUUCUGAUGAAAUACUUCACCCGUAAGGAAAUAGUUGCAUACGCACGCGCUGGUGCUGUUGCCGGCGAAGUCCUAGAAGCUAUACGCACCGUUGUUGCGUUCGGUGGAGAGAAAAGGGAGUUGAAAAGAUACCGUGAGCAACUGGGAACGGCAGAAAAAGCUGGGCUGAAGAAAGUAGUGGCAUCAGGUGCAGUUAAUGGGACAAUUGGACUGACUGUGUUUUGUUCUACUGCUCUACUAUUUUGGUAUGGCUUUAAAUUAAUAGUAAAUGAAGAUUAUGACGCUGGAGCUAUUGUGACGAUUUUCGUGAAUGUUCUAUUAGGAAGUGUUUUUCUGGGUAACGCUUUACCAAGUUUCCAAUAUUUUAUGAACGCACAGGCGUCAGCCACUGAAAUUUACAGUAUUAUCGAGCGUGUCCCGGAAAUUGACAAAGACUGUCACGGAAGGCUGAUUCCGAACUUUUCUGGGAACGUCACAUUCAGAAAUGUUUCUUUCGCAUACCCAAGUCGACCAGAUAUUGCAGUUUUAAAGAAUUUUAGUUUAAGCAUCAAAAGUGGGCAAACUGUGGCAUUGGUUGGACCGAGCGGUUCAGGGAAAAGUACCGUUGUUCAUAUGUUGCAAAGAUUUUAUGACCCAACGAAAGGCGAGGUAUUAAUCGAGGAUGAGGACAUCAAGAAUCUGGACCUGAAAGCUUAUCGUAAUCAGAUAGGCUGUGUACAGCAAGAACCAGUACUUUUCGAAGGAACUAUCAGUGAUAACAUAAGGUUAGGGAAGCUGGAUGCAACUCAAGAUGAGAUAGAAGAAGCUGCAAAGCUUGCCAACGCUCACGGUUUCAUUCAACAACUCCCAGAUGGAUACGACACUUUUGUGGGUGAAAGAGGUGGCGGAAUGUCAGGUGGUCAGAAGCAACGUAUAGCAAUCGCUCGAGCUCUUAUUAGAAAGCCGAAGUUGCUGCUGUUGGAUGAAGCAACGUCCUCACUUGACGCAAAAUCAGAACAUCUUGUCCAAAUGGCUUUGGAUAAAGCGAUUGAGGGGAGGACUGUGGUAGUUGUUGCUCAUCGUCUUACAACAGUUCGUAAUGCGAAUUUGAUAGUCGUGCUUGAUAAGGGAGUGGUUCGCGAAUCUGGGACACACGCUGAACUUGUAGCUGAAAACGGUCUUUAUGCUGCGAUGCUUAGUAAUCAGAGAAUAUUGGAGAGUGCUGAGAACGAUGACAAUGAAUUAUUGGAUGAAGGAUCUCGAAAUAAAUAUAUCGUCAGUGGAAAAGACUUGUUGACGAAAUUAGACGAUAUUUGUAAAAUGGAUAAUGGUGAGGAUAGUGUAUCUGAAACCACUGGAAAUGUUCCAUACGGGAAUUUUUCCCUUAUUUCAACAAUUUCGAUUCUACGUAAUCAAAGAAAAAAUAUCAAGCUUUCUCCGACAUUAAGGGUUUUAAAACUUAAUAGACCUGAACUACAUCUGAUAGUUUUAGGAUGUAUUUGCUGUGUGAUUAGUGGGACCACUCAACCAGCUUUUGCGAUUCUGUAUACUGAAAUGUAUAGUAUUUUUCCUUUGCGAUCUAAUCCAGAUCUGCUGUUUAGUCGACUCACUGUUGUAUGUGGGAUGAUGGUGGUGAUUGGAAUUCUACGUUUUGUAGCUAAUGUCAGUCAGAGUUUACUUUUUGGAAAAUCAGGCGGUAUAUUAGUUAGUCGCCUACGAUCAAAAGUUUUUGAGAGCAUGCUAAAUCAAGAAAUAGGAUGGUUUGAUAAACCAGAGAACCAAGCAGGAGCAUUAACUGCAAAACUGGCCAAUGAUGCUAUGAAAGUGACAAUGAUUUCAGGUUCACAAUUGGGUUUCAUCAUAGAAGCUGUAGCAUUGAUAGCUAUGUCUUUUGUGGUUUCGUUUAUCUACAGUUGGCAACUGACUCUCCUAAUAUUAGCCUUCUAUCCACUUAUUGUCAUUGGAGGAUUUUUCCAGAUGCGAACACUUUCAGGAAGUAGUAAUAUUCAGAAUGCUAAUGAAGCAAUGAGAAUUGCUCAAGAGGUGACUGGCUCAAGCUACACAGUUACUGCAUUUACAUUAGAAGAUUACUUCUUUAAACGUUUUGAAUCUCAUGCAGUUGAAAAUCUGAAAAAUAACUUGAAAACGAUAUUUUUAAAUGCUAUUAUGUACGCUAUUGCAGAAAGUGUAUUGUUGUUCGCAGUAGCUGCUGCGUAUUCACUCGGUGCACACUUGGUUUCAACAAAAGCAAUAACGGUUUUAGCAGUGUUCAGGGUUUUCGUAACUAUCCAUUUGAGUGCUCAAUCUCUUGGCCGUACAGCUACACUAGUUUUGGGUACUAAAGCAGCAGGUUCAGCUGCGAAAUGUAUUCUUGAAAUUCUAGACAGGAAACCUCUUAUUUCAACUAAUAUAGGGAGUGUACCACGUGAAAAAUUCAAAGGGAAAAUUUCGUUCAAGAACGUUGAUUUCAAAUAUUUUUCUCAAACUGAGAGACGGGUUCUUAAGAACUUUUCACACACUAUUGAGCCUGGUCAAACAGUCGCAUUAGUUGGACCUUCUGGGUGUGGAAAAUCAACACUACUUCAGUUAGUAUUGAGAUUCUACGAUCCAUCAUAUCACGGUCCCGAUAGUGGUGUGUUUUUCGAUGAUAUAAAUAUUAGGGAUAUUGCACCUAGUUGGGUUAGAAAACAGAUUGGUCUUGUUUCACAAGAACCCACUUUAUUCGAUCUCACGAUAAGAGAGAAUAUUGCGUAUGGAGACAAUAGUCGAGAAGUGACGAUGGAAGAGAUUAUUGAGGCAGCACGUGCAGCUAACAUCCAUGAUUUUAUUACAACACUUCCAGAACAAUAUGAAACCAAAGUCGGACAACGUGGAUCAAAGUUAUCUGGAGGACAGAAACAGAGGAUAGCCAUUGCACGAGCUUUAGUUCGUAAACCUGUUCUACUUCUGUUGGACGAAGCUACUUCAGCUUUGGACAAUGAGAGUGAGCGGAUAGUUCAAGAAGCCCUUGAUGCUGCUAUGGGGUCGAGAACAUCAUUAGUUGUUGCUCAUCGCCUGUCCACAGUCGUCAAUGCUGAUUUGGUAGUAGUUUUACGGGAUGAACGAAAGAUAGAGUCAGGACCUCCAGCAGCACUGCUCGCUAAGAAAGGAGCUUUCUAUGCUUUGCACCACAUGGAGAAUUAAAUCAUCUCAUCAAACUCAUUCAUCAUUACACAUCAUUUUGGUGUUGUUGAUUUUGAUAUAAAAUUAUUUCAAAUAAUUUACUUCUUUUAAAACUGAUGCUUGGUAGGGA